AUGCAAACUGUGUUAUGGACGUUCUUUGCCCUGGUUGGGACUUGUGUUUAUUGUUACGAGAAUCUCGCUCGAAGAUCUACUACAAUAAUUUCUGUGAGCUCAAGCUUUGAGUCUUAUACGUCAAGCAAAGCGAAUGAUGGAAAUUUAAACACGACCUCAAUCCACUGUUCCCACACGGAUGUUAAUCAAACAAGAGCAUGGCUGCAGGUGGACCUCGGCAAACCCUACAGCAUUAACUAUGUCAAGAUAUAUUACAGAAAUGACGAUUAUGGACCAUAUUGGAAGCAGUAUCGGUUCCGGCAGUUUUAUCUUGAUGUAUCGAACGUCUCAGCAACACACAGUUUGACAACAGAAAGAAUUCGGUGUUACACUGACAACACAACAUACCCAGACUUACCUCCAAACAUAAUAGACAUCCACUGUAAACACAAAGCUAGAUACGUCAUUGUUGAGACAACGUAUGAUGCUCCAGAAGAUGAUAAAUAUGGUGUACAUGGAGCAAUCCUUGAAGUUUGUGAAAUAGAAGUUUAUGGGUGCAAUAAGAAUUGCAUUAACCAAGUCUGCGAUGCUUUUGGGUUCUGUAGCCAGGGAUGUGUGGAUGGAUAUUGGGGACAUUCAUGUGAUUCAGUAUGCCAUGUAAACUGUAAAGAACCGUCUUGUGACAGAAGUACUGGGCAGUGUGUCACCUGUAUCUCCGGAUUUUGGGGAGACACCUGUACAAUACAGUGUUCAUCGUUUUGUUACGAGGGAGUUUGUGGCAAAACUAAAGGUUACUGUACACAAGGAUGCACGCAAGGACGGUAUGGGGAAAUCUGUGAUCAAAUAUGUAGCUCUGGAUGUAAAAAUGGUACAUGUAAUCAGCAGACUGGGAUUUGUCUCUAUGGAUGCAAUCAGAACUGGUCAGGUGAUUAUUGCAACAUAUGUGAAUCAACGCGUUAUGGGCCAACCUGUUCUUUGGAAUGCGCUGACAGCUGUGUAAACAAUACGUGUAAUAAUUACACUGGUUCUUGUAUGUAUGGUUGCCAGGAGGGAUUCUACGGAUAUCAGUGCGACAGAGACUGUUACAGUUGUCCCACAGGGUGUGACAGAAUAACGGGAGAAUGUAUUGGAGAUUGUCCUGUCGGCAGGUUUGGAAAAUUUUGCAACAAAACAUGCAGUAAAGAUUGUAAAAACAGAUGUAACAAAAACAAUGGCAGCUGCGUUGAGGGCUGUGUACCCGGUAACUUUGGGGAUUUUUGUAAUGAAACGUGCGAUGAUCGAUGUUUUUCUUGUUGUGAAUCAAGGACUGAGAAUAUUAAACCGAUGCAGGAUUCAUGCACAGAAAACCUUUCCUUUCUGAUAGGAGUAUGUGUGGUUCUGUGCAUAAGUGUCGUUGUGAACGGCUGUACAAUUACAUGGAUUUUAAGACAAACCGGGUGUAAACAACGAGGUGUUACGCAACAGAGGACAAAAUGUGAUUCGCAUUCAAAUGACUUCGUUUCACAACAAGGGAUACAUGACACGGCAGAGGACAACGCAGGGUACCAAGAAUUAGGUCAAGUCAGUGGACCCUCACACUAUGACCAGCUUAAAAGGUCACAAUGA